AACUACUUUCAUUAUUUGGUGGUUAUACUGUCGUGGCUGUAUGUUAAGACAUAGUAGAGUCCUUUGAUUUUGUUAAGCUUUUGGUUCAUUUUGUAAUGGCUGCAAGUCAUGUAGUUGCUUAGGUUCGGAAGGUGAUCAGUGUUUAUUUAAAGUGGAAAGUGAUAUGCGUUUGUCCCCCCUCUAUUUGUACGUGUUCCGUUAAUAUCUAUUAGUAAAGUUUCUUUUCAAUUUUCUUAACGAUGUUGGGCUCAUCCCGUGGAGGAGUUAGGGGAGGUCAAGACCAGUUCUGCUGGGAAGAUGUGAAAGCAGACAAACACAGAGAAAAUUAUUUGGGUAACUCAUUGAUGGCACCAGUAGGCAGGUGGCAGAAAGGAAAGGACCUAACCUGGUAUGCAAAGGAAAAGACCAGUGAUCCUGCUCAAUCAAAGGAGGAAGAGCUCGCUGCAGUAAGAAGAGCAGAAGAGGAAGCUCUCAUGGCUGCUCUUGGAUAUAAAAACCCUAAGUACCACCCUGGUGGAAUCACAAAAUCAGAUCUUGCUGAGGUAUGCAAACGUGAAGGAAGAGAUCCUGACAGCAAAGAUGUCGACAGAGUCUUAGGUUUAGGAAGCUCAAGUAGUAGAACUGGGCAGAUUAUGUUCUCCAAGGAGGAUAAAGAGGCUGCAAAAUUAGGGUUUGCUGUUUUCACUCAUCAUAAAGUAGACAAAAGUCAGAUGUCUACUUUGAAGCGAAAGCCAGAAGAGGACAGUGAUUCUGGAAAGGCAAGGUAA